AUGGCGUCCCACGUUGCUGGAUAUCCUCACAUAGGCCCCAGGAGGGAGCUAAAGUUCGCCCUGGAAUCGUUCUGGGAUGGAAAGAGCAGUGCGGAGGAGUUGCAAAAAGUUGCCGUUGAUCUCAGGACAUAUAUCUGGAAGCAGAUGGCUGGUGCCGGCAUCAAGUACGUUCCCGGGAACACCUUCUCAUACUACGAUCGGGUGCUUGAUGCCACCAUGAUGCUUGGUGCUGUUCCCACCCGAUAUGGUUGGAAUGGUGAAGAGAUUGGAUUCGAUGUUUACUUCUCGAUGGCUAGAGGGAACGCCUCCGUCCCUGCUAUGGAAAUGGCCAGGUGGUUUGACACCAACUACCACUACGUGGUGCCUGAAUUGGGUCCUGAUUUCAACUUCUCUUACGCUUCUCACAAGGCCGUUGCUGAGUACAAGGAGGCCAAUGAGCUUGGAGUAGACACUGUUCCGGUCCUUCUUGGCCCAGUCUCCUAUUUGCUGCUAUCCAAGCCUGCAAAGGGUGUGGAGACGACCUUUUCUCCUCUCUCCCUUCUCCGGAUAAUGAACUCCUCUCUCGCAGUUUUCAGGGAAGUCGUGUCUGAACUUAAGGCAGCUGGUGCUUCAUGGAUUCACUUUGAUGAGCCCGCCCUUGUGUUGGAUCUCGAUUCUCACCAACUGCAAGCAUUCACUGAAGCAUACUCGGAACUAGAGUCAUGUCUUUCUGGCCUGAAUGCUCUCGUCCAAACCUAUUUUGCUGAUGUUCCUGCUGAUGCAUAUGAAGUUCUUACCUCCUUCAAGGGUGUCAUUGGAUUUGGAUUUGAUUUGGUCCGUGGAAACAAGUCCAUUGAUUUAAUCAAGGGCGGUUUCCCCACAGGUAAGUAUCUCUUUGCUGGAGUUGUUGAUGGGAGGAACAUCUGGGCCAAUGAUCUUGCUGAAACACUCAGCACCCUCCAUGCUCUCGAGAGCAUCGUGGGAAAAGACAAAGUCGUGGUCUCCACCUCUUGCUCUCUUUUGCACACUGCUGUUGACCUCGUUAACGAGACUGAAUUGGAUGAGGAAAUCAAGUCAUGGCUUGCAUUUGCUUCUCAGAAGGUCGUUGAAGUCAAUGCUUUGGCCAAGGCUUUGGCUGGACAAAAGGACGAGGCAUUCUUCUCAGCUAAUACUGCUGCUCAGGCAUCAAGAAAGUCCUCUCCAAAAGUCACAAACGAAGCUGUCCAAAAGGCUGCUGCUGCAUUGAGGGGCUCUGAUCAUCGCCGUGCCACAACUGUGAGUGCUAGACUUGGUGCUCAGCAAACGACGCUUACUUUGCCAGUCAUACCAACAACCAUCAUUGGCUCCUUCCCUCAGACUGAGGAACUCAGAAAAGUGCACUCUGAGUACAAGGACAAAAAGAUCUCUGAGGAAGAAUAUGUUAAGGCCAUCAAGGAGGAAAUUAACAAAGUUGUCAAGCUUCAAGAGGAGCUUGACAUAGAUGUCUUGGUUCAUGGGGUGCCUGAGAGGAACGGUAUGGUUGAAUACUUUGCGGAGCAGUUGUCGGGUUUUGCUUUCACCGUUAACGGGUGGGUGCAAUCUUAUGGAUCUCAUUGUGUGAAACCACCCAUCAUCUAUGGUGAUGUGAGCCGCCCCAAGCCAAUGACUGUCUUCUGGUCCACCACAGCCCAGAGCAUGACUGCUCGCCCAAUGAAGGGAAUGCUUACAGGCCCUAUCACCAUUCUCAACUGUUCCUUUGUCCGAAAUGACCAACCUAGGUUCAAAACUUGCUAUCAAAUCGCCUUGGCCAUCAAGGACAAAGUUGAGGAUCUUGAGAAGGCAGGGAUUAAUAUUAUUCAAAUUGAUGAGGCAGCUUUGAGAGAGGGUCUACCACUGAGAAAGUCUGAACAAUCUUUAUACUUGGAUUGGGCUGUCCACUCUUUCAGAAUCACUCACUGUGGCGUCAAGGAUACUACCCAGAUCCACACUCACUUGUGCUACUCCCACUUCAACGACAUCAUCCUCUCAAUCAUCGACAUGGAUGCCGAUGUCAUCACAAGGGAGAACUCUGGCUCUGAUGAGAAGCUCCUCUCAGUUUUCCGCAAGGGAGUCCAGUAUGGUGCUGGGAUUGGCCCGAGUGUCUAUGACAUCAACUCUCUCAUGAUACCUUCAGCUGAAGAGAUUGCUGAGAGAACCACCAAGAUGCUCACAACAAAUGUAUUGUGGUAACCUGACUUUGUACUCAAGACUCGUAAACACACUGGGGUCAAGCUUGCGCUCAAGAUCUUUGUUGCUGCUACCGAGCUCCUCUGCACCCGACUUGCCGAAGCUAAAAAAGAAAAGUUUGAGUAACGUACUCGUCAGUCAAUUCUUCUUGAAGGUAAGGGUGUAUUCCUGUCGUAUUAUUGAUCCAGUAAGUGAGUUUCUUUAUGGAAUGUGAGGAGUCGUAGUCCUGGUACUUUAAACCAGGGAACUAUGACUCGUGAGUGAGGUGGUGGUUCGCUCUCGCUCCUAUUUAGCUUGUUCUUCCCUUUUUCAAUAUCCUCUUUUGCUUGUGCUUGAAAAAAAAAUCACCGCUUAACUUGAUUAUAAA